AUGCCUGGACACAUCUCGGAGUGGACUGCACAAGAUGUUAUUGAUCUCGUAAGCGAUGUUCUUGAUGAGAACGAAAAGAGCAUCAUCAUACGGAAUAACAUCAACGGCCUCGUUUUGAUGGAAUUCGCUUCUAUGUCGUUUCUCGUCAAAGUGGUUGGAUUGAGCCAUCGCUCGUCAUUUCAUGUGCUUGUUCGUCUGAAGGACCACUUGGGGAUCACCGUCAUCUUCCCGAACGAUAUGACCGAUGAGGAGGCACGAAUUCGUAUAGUGGUCCCAAUUCGACCAUUUCAGGAGAACCUCGGAAUCCACGGGGCCGGCGAUGCCGCUGAGACAGCCUGGCGUAGAAGACGUUACAGAAUCCAUUUUAUGUCCCGUCGUAUACUGGGACGCUGA